AAUAAACAGCAUAUAUCUCACGUCUCACGGGAGAAUCCACGAAUUUCACUGAAAGAAAAGUCAUCAUCAACUUAAAAUGGCGUCUGGCGGCAUCGGAAAUGUCAACCUUCAUGGUGACAUCGAGUUUAUCCAGACCGCAGCAGCAAAGCCAUCGAAAUUUGGGAACCCUGCAGAUUGCGGAAUUCCUUCUACGGGGUCGCCGGCCAUCCACAAUCCGCCCCUCCCCGCCGAGGGCGCCGGCAAUAUCAGCUUCAGCAAUUCACUGUUGCUCAGCGGCUUACUCGGCAUUCCCGCCUCUCUGACAUAUAUACUAGGUGGUGGAAUCAAAACGGGAAUCUUCAUCGGUCUACUUACCACGGUGCCGAUUCUAGUGUCAUUCUGGGCAUGGACAUCCACACGCAGUCCUCGCAUCAACGACAAGGUCAAAUUACCCGGUCGCCCCAUAGAGGAGUACGUGACCUUCAAGAGCAAGGCCAACCGUUCAAAAUGGCAAGGCAGAAACCGAGUCCCUCUACAGACCUUUUGCGAAAUGUACCUCGAUGGUGCCGUCGACUUCAACGGAGAUUGUCUCGAUAUCAUGGAGUUCCGGCAUGAUUGGGCGCACUUCGGUUUUACCUGGGAUUUGUUCAAGUACAUAUUCUUGACCUUCGCAAGAGAUGUCUUGUUCCACACAAAGUCCCAGGACGAAGAACAAAUCCGCCCAAACUACGACCGGGGCAAUGAUCACUAUGCCUGGUUCCUCGGUCCUCGCAUGAUCUACACCUCCGGUAUCAUCUCCGAUACCGAGAGAGAAGAAACACUAGAAGAGAUGCAGGAUAACAAGAUGGCGAUUGUUUGCGAGAAGAUCUCACUCAAGGAAGGAGAGACCAUGCUGGACAUUGGCUGUGGGUGGGGAACGUUCGCAAAAUUCGCGAGUCUUAACUACGGAGCGAAGGUCACAGGUCUUACCAUCGCGCGACACCAGACGGCAUGGGGCAAUGAUGCUCUCCAGCAGGCCGGGGUUUCUCAGUCUCAAAGCCGUAUCUUGUGUAUGGAUUACCGUGACAUUCCUCAUAUGCAGUACGACAAAAUCACGCAGCUUGAAAUGGGAGAGCAUGUUGGUAUUCGCAAACUGACAACCUUCUUCCGCCAAUGCUAUGGUAUGCUUAAGGAUGAUGGUGCUAUGUAUGUGCAACUUUCUGGCCUCCGUCAAGCUUGGCAGUAUGAAGAUUUCAUCUGGGGUCUCUUCCUGAACAAGUAUAUAUUCCGCGGCGCGGACGCAUCCACUCCUCUUUGGUAUUAUGUGAUGUGCUUAGAACGGGCUGGAUUUGAGAUCAAAAGUGUCGAUACUGUUGGGGUACAUUACUCUGGCACACUUUGGAGAUGGUAUCGGAAUUGGAUUGGCAACGGCGAUACAAUCAAGGCCAAAUAUGGCGAGCGCUGGUUCAGAAUUUGGGAGCUCUUUCUGGCGUGGUCGGUCAUCGCAUCUCGUCAAGGCUGCGCGACGUGUUUCCAGAUUGUGGUAGUGAAGAAUCUGAACUCAACCCACCGUAUCAACGGGGUCAAAUCACAGUUCGGAUUGUCUGCUGCUCUUCAGGCGAGUCAAAACGCAGGAAAGUCCAGACUACUGUAGACUUUUAGUGAGACUAUUAAUCAUAUGUCUCUGGCUCUCGGUUUCUAGCAUCAGUUGCUCCCCAUUAUCAGGCAUAUAGGCCCGACUGAAGGAUAUUCACCACGACACAGCUUGACUUCAAGGCUCCAUUGAUCUGAAUGAAUCACAUUGAUCUCCAACAUCUGCAAAUAGAAUGACAAUGCGGAGCCAUGUCCACCAGAACGACCACUAUUGGCGUAUAUGAGAGCCCAAUAUGUAUCCUGCCAUAAAUUGACUACAUAAACAUCAAAAGAAGUUCAAAAUAAUCUUUACUAACCUCCCUAUCCUCUUCGAGGAGUUAAUAAAAAC